ACAGGAGUGCCUUAAGAACAAAUGCUAGUUGAUUGUAGGGACAGAAAUGCAGAGAGCGACAUGAAAAUGGGUAGACAAAAAUCACCAUCAGCACCAAGGAAAGCCAAAAAUGGUGGUACAGAAUGGGUCAGGAGGGGUGGACGACCAUUCAUUCCCAGAUGUGUGCAAAAUUUGAGGCAGAAGGUGCAAUUCAGCCCCUCUACGUCCAUUGUUGUGGCACAUCAGCCCCUCUACCUAAAAGUAGAGCAAAUCAGCCCCUCCACUUGACAAAACCCGCAAAUCAGCCCUUCUGCUGACGAUGACCUCAUCAAAUGCCAUCUUUCCGUCCACAUCCUUGUUACUCCGUUACCAAGAAGUGGCUUGGUGCUGAUAUGGCAUUGGGUGAGUGAUGUAGUCAAUUUAAACUGUAAAAUUAUUAAAGAGUCCUCAUCUAUUUCUUUUUCUUCCAUUCAUCUUCUCUCUCCUCCUUUACAAUCUCUCUCUUCAUAUUGCAAAUUUACUUUUUUUAAUAGAUUAAAUUAAAAUUU